AGGGAUAUUGCAAGGAAAAGAAAGGAAGGGGAGAGUAAGGAGAGAUGAGAGAAGAGAGCAGGAUGGACGAUAGUGGUUGAAUCGUCGUGGAGGGUGGCGUAUCGUUCGCCGGGCUGGCAAAAGGACAACAUCUGCGGAAACGGCGAUAGAUACGUGUGUAAUACGUGUUGAAUACGUGUGCCUGGUACUUAGGAGAGAUUUCAGGGGGGAAUUAACUGAAAUCAAGAGUAGGCGGGAGAUCGAAUAGCGUCCUCUCAUUAUGGCCGCCCCUUGGUCCCGGGAUCGUUCGACGAUCCUUGUAUGUGUGUCGUCUCUUGUUCACGCUAAAGAUGGGUGUAUAACAAUCGUAUACAGUAUACCUCCAAAUUUAGAUUCGAGGGUGACUUACUGGUGGGUUUUUCGAGCACUCUUUUGCGAACCUGUGCUAGACAUACCUCGUGGGGCACCUUUAAACAGAACGAUCAUUCAUUAUUGGGCUCGGCUGGAUCACUAGGAUCGCGCGUCGUCAAUAAUGGAGGAGACGGGUGUUUUGUUUGGAAAUCUUUCUCGCUGGAAUCUCUUCCUACGCACUCUCUGCUCGUUACUGGUCGCUGCUGGGUCGCUCGAGUAGCUAUAGCAUGUGCUAAACUCCGUGCGAAACUAUGGAUAUUCUUCCGAAAGGCACUGGCCGAUCGGCACGAAAUUCAUGAGUGACGGUGGUGAGGUACGAGUU